AUGUUCCUUUCUCUCAUUUCGUUUCGUUUACAGCCUUUUCAACCAAGGUAUGUAGCAUACAAUAUCCCCGAAAAGGUUGAGAUCGUUCGUGCACGUCGUCCAAGAUACUACUAUUUUAAGGCCAAUUCCCCUCACGCUCAAGAUUAUUCACAGCGUAGAAUUGAUGAAGAUUAUGCUCCAUUUACUGAUACUAAGGGAUUUCCUAGGCAUUCUAAAAGAUUAUUUAAAUAUCCAAGGGCAAAUGCACCUGAAUUUGAUUAUUCUCAGCGCCGCAUUGAUGACGAUUAUUCACCAUUUACUGAUACCAAAGGAUUCUCUGGAAGUCUCAUCCGUUCUCGAAGAGCUGCCCGCAGAAAUGAACCAGAAUUUGACUACUCACAACGCCGUAUUGACGACUCUGACUCUCCUUUCACUGAUACAAAAGGACCAUCUGGAAGCUUGAUUCGUUCUCAAAGAGCUGCUCACAGAAACGAAGCCGAAUUUGAUUACUCCCAGCGUAGAAUCGAUGAUUCUUACUCAGGAUUUACGGACACAAAGGGAUAUUCUGGAAGCCGUCAUCGUUCUGUCUGA